AUGUUAGAUUAUCUUUUUGAAGAGUCACUCAUCUCUGAUGAAGUACAAAAUGUUUUACCGUUAAACUACAUCAUUCGACCACUUGCUAAAGAAGAUUAUGAUAAAGGAGUUUUAGAUUGUCUUGGCCAACUUUCGAUCGUUGAAGAAGUAUCAGAGGCGAAGUUUUCAAAGCAUUUCAUUGCAAUGAAAAAUAGUGGGCACUAUUAUACUGUCGUUAUCGAAGACAAAGAUUCGAAUAGAGUAGUAGGACUUGGGACUUUAUUAGUAGAAUUAAAAUUUCUGAGAGGUUGUGCAAAGGCUGGACUUAUUGAAGAUAUCGUUGUGGAUGAUUCACACAGAGGAAAAAAAUUUGGCUUAAUGAUUAUUGAUCAAUUGAAAUAUAUCGGUAAAAAACUUGGCUGUUAUAAAAUUAUUUUGAAUUGUAAUCAGAAAAAUAUUGGAUUUUAUGAAAAAUGCGGAUUUAUUGUUAAAGAUGUGCAGAUGACUCUUGGUAAUUAUGCUCCACCUAAAGAAAAUAUAGCCACAAAAUCCCUAAAAGACGUUUUUAAACUUGUACGCGAACCAAAGCUCCCACCUAAUCAAGUUGCUUUUCGAAUACCACCUAAAGUCAAUAAACUCGACAUUAGGGAUUACCUAUGGAAUAUAUAUAAAGUUCCAAUUAUUGAUGUUCGUACAAUGAAUUACGCGACAAAACCUGGAAGAAAUCUUCCAGGCAGAGGGAGGUUACAUUACAAAGCGAAAUAUAAAAAAGCAAUAGUCACAUUAAGGGCUGAUUUUAAAUAUCCACCGCCUGUUGAUAAUUUAGAGCAUUCAUCUCAAGCGGAGCGAAUCGAGAGAACAGCAAUGAUGUUUAGACGCUUAGCAGGAUGGAAGAGUCGUCCUAAACGAUUAGAGACAAUGUAUAUGGAUAGAUAUACGAAAUUGAACGAACAAAUGAAAAAAGCGGAAGCACAGAAACUCAAGGAUACAGCUGAAGGAAAACCUCAUUCAACGGGACAAAAUUAA